GCGGCUCCAGCAGGGUCUGCGCGACGGAUGGCAGCAGAUGGCAGCUCCGACUCUCUUGUCAGCUUCUCGUUCGGCGUCCGGGCAGCAAAGAUAUUUUGAAAGCAAGCAGUCACCUUCAAAGUUGGACCUUUCUAUGGAAGUAUUAUCCCAUGAAACAUUCACAAGGGAUGAUUCUUGUAUCUCCAAAUCAGGUGAAGCUUUGGAAUGUGACAUCUGGCUAGAGAGGCAGCAAAGCAAUGAAGGGAAAGCUUAUGAAUGUGAUGAAUGUGGAAAGACCUUCCAUCAGAGGACAGGACUUACUGAACACCAGAAAAUUCAUACUAAAGAGAAACCUUAUGAAUGUAAUAAGUGUGGGAAGGGCUUUCAUCAGAGCACAGGACUUUCUGCUCAUCAGAGAAUUCAUACUGGUGAGAAGCCAUAUGAAUGUAAUGAAUGUGGAAAGGCCUUUUACUGGAGCACAGGACUUACUCAACAUUAUCAGACAAUUCAUGGUGGAGAGAAAUCACAUGACUAUGAGAAUACCUUCUGUCAGAAAAUAAGAUUUAUUUGA